CAAUCCGUUUUCAAAAGUGAAAACUAUUAUCGUUUACAAAGAUGGCGGAUUCCGAUGAAACUCGAAUGAAUCUUGCAGCAUUAAAAAGAGUUGAUUCUAAUAUAAAACUUAUUAUAGAUAAUGCCAGCCAAGUUGCUUUGUAUAAAUUUAGCCCUAAAGCUAAUGAAUGGGAAAAAACAGAAAUUGAGGGAACUUUAUUUGUUUAUGAGAGGUCACAAAAACCUCAUCAUGGAUUCAUUAUCAUGAAUCGUCUGAAUACAACUAAUCUUACUGAACCUAUAACAGAAGAAAUUGAAUUUCAACUUCAAAGUCCUUUUCUUUUAUAUCGUAAUGUUAAAUGUAAUAUUUAUGGCAUAUGGUUUUAUGAGAAUGAAGAGUGUACUCGAUUAGGCCAACUUAUGAAUAGCCUUAAGUCAAGUCUUCCUGGAAAAAUUAAGAGAGAUACAAAUGCAUUUAGAGGUUUGCCAUCUUAUUCUAAUUCUAUAAAACAUGAAAGGAAUGGACCACACAGACCUCGUUGUGUUUCUGAGAGUGAAUCACACAAAAACAAAGAUAAAAAAUCUGGGAAAUUAUUAGUUAAAGACGUGGAUAUAAUUUCCUUACUUUCGCGAGCACAAGAUGAAUAUGAUAAGAAAUCCAAUAAUUGUGUUAACAACAGGUAUGUUAAUGAUAAAAAUGAACCAAAAAAAGUUGCAAAGUCUAUUACUGAGAGUGGACAUGAUAAAGUGAUUAAGCCAACACCUAUGCGAAUAGAUAAUAAAAAUUCCUCUGCCAUUAAACAGUCAACACCACUUAGUGUUGAUUCGUUAUUUGCACAAGUCAGUCAAUAUAGUCAAGAAAUCUAUUCACUAGAAAAUGACAGAAAUCAAGAUUCAUUAAUGCGAACACGUUCGUUUUCUUCUGCUGGAUCUUAUGAUACCAAAGCCAAAGAUAAUGCAGGAACUAUUUUACAAAGACUACUUUCCAAUCCUGCAAAUACUGUUGAGCAUAUUGAAAAACUUCAAAGAAAUGAAGUUUCAUUUGGAGAUGGAUCCAAAACAAAUGUAGAUACUCAACUGACAAAUGUUAAUCAUACAAUGAAUUCAACAGGCAAUAAUGUUCAGCCUACCACAGUGGAAAGCUUAGAACAUGAUUUAAAAGAGAAAUUAAAAAUAAUUUCUGGACUGAGAGAAAAUUCUCAGAAAGAAGGUAUGAGUCCUUUGCCUGUUGCAGGAAUUUGCACUAAGAGUCCAGCUACUAUCAUAGAGGAGAGCAGUAAUUUUCUUUCAUUAGAAAAACUUUCCAAUAUAGAACCAUUAAAUUUGAGGAUUUCUCCUAAGCAGGAGUCAGUUAUUCAUCCUAUUCUUACUCCUGCAGCUUUUGAAAAUUGUGUUGGUCAGAAUCAACUUGUAGAUACUUCAUCUUCAUUAAUGGAUUUACCUGGAGGUAAUAUGGAAUCUCAAACAACAAAUGAUUCAUUUUCAUUGCAAAUAAUUCCAAGGCAACCAAGUUCACAACCAAUGACACUUAUCACUCCAAUGGCCUUUGCAACUACAAAUAAUUCAACUAAUGGUACUUUAUCAAAUUCAACGCCUCUCUUAGAUAAUCCUCCCAUAGACAUUCUGUCAACAAAUAAUGCUCACAUUGGAGCAUCACCUGGUGCCUCUUCAGGAUUACUGCUACCACAUCAUCUUGUGAAUGGAGUUACACCAUCUGUUAAUACCAAUGAAAAUUCUAAGGUAGUUAGGUCUGGAAUAUCUCCCCUUACAAGAGAUCAGUUGAAAGAGGCACUUCUUUAUAUGUUGCAGAAUGAUGCUGAAUUCCUCUCAAAAAUUCAUGAGUCUUAUAUAAACAGCCUGAAAACACAUCUGAAUACCAUCAGAUCAUGAUGUUUUUUAAUUUUGCAGUAAUUUUUACUUUUUUUUCUGCUCACAAUUUAUUUUCUGUGAUCAGAAAGUUCAAGUCACCAAGGAAAAGUACAAAGUCAAGAGGAAAUGAAUGAUGGUAUUUUGUUCCUGAUUUAUAGAAGUGAUUAAUGCUCAAAGUUUUGGUAUAGUUUUCAUCACAAGAAUAUUCCUUUAACUGAAUAAAGGAUUUAAAAAUAAUUUAGAACAAUUUUUAAUCAUUAGAAAAUAAUCUUGAUGUUAAACAUAUCAUGUUUUGUUCCUGCACAAGUAGGAACCAUAUAUAUAUAUAUAUUGUUGAAACUUUGUUUGUUGUUGUGUGAUAAGAGUAAAAAGAAAAAAUUAUGGUUAGUAUCCAUCAAAAUUAAUUUUUAAAAUUCAGAAAGAAUAUUUGUAUUCUUUUUUUUUUUUUUCAUUAUUAUUUAAUUUCUUUAAAAUUUAAACUUCUUUAACCUAGAUGAUUGUGUUAUUAGAAUAAUUGUUUACUUCAAUUAUCAUUUAUUAUUAUUAUUUUUAAAAGCAUAUGCAAAAUAAUUGCAUGAAAUUCAAAAUUAUUAUUAUUAUUAUUAUUAAAUAUUAACUUCUGGAAUUUACAAUACUAAUUGCCAACAAAAUUGAUAAAUUUUAGUUUAAAAACUAUUAAUUUGGUAUUACUCUUUCUAAUGAGAAAUAUUUUAAUUUAGGAUUUUAUUCUAUGUAUGAAAUAAUUUUUGGUGCCAAAUCUAUUUCAUAUAAGCAAUUAUCACUCUAUGUAAUAUAUUGUAUAUACAGUAUAUAGAAUGAUUUUGUCUGCAGGUAUGUAAAUAGAGAAUUUACUGCAGCAUCGUCCAUAAUCUAGUCUUUAGAUAUCGAUGUAGCUGAUUGUUUGGCAUCAGAAAAAAAAAAAAACAUUUCUUGUAUAUAAAUAAGUAUUGAGAUAAAAACAAUCUAA